AUGCUCUUCAGGCUAUCCGCUUUCACUGCUUUGCUAGCUGCCUUGCCCGCCGCCACUGUCUUCGGUGGCCAGGUCCCCGUUGUGAAUGGAGUUCUUGGCGGUGUUCAGACCACCCCCAAGGUGAAAACCGAUGUCAUCAACGCUGCGCCUGCUGCUACGACGCCGGGCAAACUACGCGUCGUACAGAACAGCGGCGUCUGUGAGACCACUCCUGGGGUGAACCAAGCUUCAGGAUACGGCGAUUUGGCGUCGGACAAGAGUAUAUGGUUUUGGUUCUUCGAGUCACGUAGCAACCCGGACACCGCGCCUCUGACGAUCUGGCUCAACGGCGGGCCGGGGAGUUCUAGCAUGAUCGGCCUGUUCCAGGAGCACGGUCCAUGCAGGAUCACGAACGACAGCAAGAGCGUCAACUUGAACCCCAACUCGUGGAACCAAGUUUCGAACAUGCUGUAUAUCGAUCAACCCGUCGGCGUGGGCUUCUCCUAUGGCACGACCGAUGUUGGGACAUCGCAGGCGGCAGCAGAGGAUAUCUGGAGCUUCCUUCAGAUCUUCUUCAAGGACACGCGCUUCGCCAAGUACCAGAAGAACGACUUUGCGCUGUGGACCGAGUCGUACGGCGGUCAUUACGGACCUACGUUCGCUGCCUACUUCCUCGACCAGAAUGCGGCCAUCGCGAAGGGCACUGUUUCUGGUCUCCCCAUCAACUUGAAGGUUUUGGGUGUUGGUGAUGGUUUGACUGACCCGCUUUCGCAGUACCCGGGCUACAUCAGCUACGCCGCGUCGAACCCUUACCACGCGCUCGUGUCGCAGUCUGUCAUCACCCGCGCCAACACCAGCUUCACCAGGUCUGGCGGCUGCAGGGACCAGAUUGCUCAGUGCGACAGCACCGGUGACCAGGACGUCUGCUCGGAGGCGCAGAGCUUCUGCAACAACAACAUCCUCUCCCCGCUCGCAGGCAACUACGACGUCUACUACGUGCUCACGCGCAACCCCGACCCGUACCCGCCCGCGCUUGACACCUACCUUGGCAGCUCGGCGCUCAUGAAGAAGAUCGGCGCGCAGUCCACGUGGGAGGAGACGAACGACGACGUGUACAGCAACUUCGCCGCGACGGGCGACUGGAUGACCAACUCGCGCCCGAAUCUCGAGAAGGUCAUCAACGCGGGCGUCCGCACGAUUGUGUAUGAUGGUGAUGCGGAUUACAUUUUGAACUUCCACGGCGUGGAGGCGAUGGUCGACGCGCUGCAGACGCAGUUUACUGCUACGUACGCGAAGCAGCAGUUCGCGAACUUCACCGUGCGCGGGCAGGCCGCCGGGCUCUUCAAGAACGCCGGCACGUUCUCCUACGUCCGCAUCUUCGGCGCCGGCCACGAGGUCCCCGCGUACACGCACGGCUCGCUGAGCACGGGCGAGGCGGCGCUCCAGAUGUUCUCGCAGAUCAUGAGCAACUCGUCCCUUCACGCGACAUAAUUGUUCCCAUCCGUGUACCGUUCAUGUAGAGACUGU